CUUGAAUACGACCAAACAGGAACCAUUUUACGAAAAGCCACUCCCAGUACACUAUGGAGACUGAUGCUAGUAAGCCUCGACCUGAACCUUCGUCCUCCGGGAAAGGAAAGGGCAGACUGCGUUCAGUAAAGGCGAAAAGAGACGACGAUAUCAUGAAUACAAAUGAUAGCAGUAUUGUGUCCAAACGCAGUGUAUCUAAACUAUACUUUGCAAAUGAACCAGAUUUCUAUGAACCAUUUGUGCCGAAGCAUAGUCGGAGGAACCCUCUCAUCAAUCGAGGCUACUGGCUUCGAAUGCACGCUAUUGAGCAAGCUGUGUGUCAAUUUCUUAAACAGAAUGACGACAAACCUAAGCUAAUCGUCAAUCUGGGCUGUGGAUAGUGAGUAAGAGUGCCCCACCUCUCGGUGAUAGAAGCACACAUCCAACCGCCAUGUCUCUUGCACAUGGCUGUACCCGGGCUUCCUGCUGAUUUAAACAGCGACCCUUUACCAUUUCAAUUCUGGCACAGACAUAAGGCUAUUUGCAAGAAUGCUACUUUUGUAGACGUGGACUACCCCCAACUCAUGGAAAGGAAGCGGGACCGAAUAUUGGCCAACGGCCUAGUCCGCGAUAUGAUAUUCAAGCAGAAUGUUCGCCCAUCUUCCAAGCAGGUCCUCCUUAGAAGUGAUCACUAUAUGGCUGUUGCCUGUGACCUCAGAGACUUGAAGACCCUGGAGAAUAUAUUGAAAGCGGAGAUGAGUUCCGACUCGCAUAUCCUCUUUGUUGCAGAAGUGUCGAUAACCUACAUGCCUCUUGUUGAUUCCAAUGAAUUGAUCAGGUGGGCUGGGACAUUUGACAACGCUCAAUUCUGCCUGCUGGAGCAGUUCCUUCCGCAGGGUCCAGCCCACCCCUUUGCGAAAACUAUGUUGGAUCAUUUCAACAAAUUGAAAACCUCAAUAUAUGCAGUCAAUGAUUAUCCGUCCUUGGACCAACAGGCCUCACGGUUCAGCAAUGCAGGCUGGAGAACAGUCAAUGCACGUAACCUAUGGGAUCUAUGGUCCGACGAGGUGUUCACUCCAUCCAACCUUCGGCGCAAUUUGGAUUCUAUCGAACCAUUUGAUGAGUGGGAGGAGUUUGCGCUUUUUGCCGGCCACUACUUUUUGAUAGUGGCCUCGACCACCCCCACCAACACCGGUGAACAAACCCCUCCUGCAGAGCUGCCGAGAGUGAAGGACCACAAGAGCGCGUCUAUUGUGCUAGGAUAUCACACACCACCUGCAGAAGCAGCGUUGACACUUCGACGAUUCGCUGCCGCAUUUCGUGCAGGGGAUCAGGCCGUUGCCUUCCACGGAGGCCAGGGCUCGCAGCGUCGAUUGUCCAGCAUUGACACGCUUCGUCGGGAGAAUUCGAAGCCCGAACUGCAAUCACUAGCAAUGCAGCCUGCACGUAUAGGUCACACUAUCACCAACAUCAACGGGACAGAUGCAUUGAUGGUCGGCGGCCGACGGUCGCCUUCUCAAGCACUUGCGGACACAUGGCUUAUCAAAACCAAUGGGGACUUGCAACAAGUGCAAGAUCUCUCUCCGGCUCGUUUCAGACACUGUGCCGCAAACGUGACUGUGCCAUAUGGUGAUUCUGAGGUGGAAGGAGUCAUAGUUGUUGGCGGCAAAGCAAGUGACGGAACCGUUCUAGAAGACUACAAGCUAUGGACGUCCGACGAUGGAUGGACAGAUAUUGACGUUGUAGGUCCGCGACCUUCAGCUCGCUUUGGUGCCGCAAUUUCGUCAACGGGGUCUGGUUGGGGCCUCAUGAUUGGGGGCAUGCACUCCGACGGCACAGUCAGUGAUGAAAUUUGGGAAUUCCACCUGUCAGCAGCCUCGAAACAACGGCAACUACAGUGGGUCGAUCGUACCCGCGACGUGCGUUCAAACACUGCAUCCGCAUCGCAUGGACGGUUCGGUGCCUCCCUCGUCCCAUUCGGACAGUCACUGUUGGUUAUUGGGGGCAUUUGCAGGAAAGAGAUCCUUGGCUUCGGUGAAGAGUUACAGAUCAUCACAGUCGGCGAGGUGAUUAACGUGGAUCCUGCAUAUUUUCAGCUGCCAGAAGAUGCCAUGUUCCUGACCGUUGGUUGCGGCGUUGCUGCCGCCGGCCCCGAAGAGAUUGUGGUUGCAGGAGGCGGCGCUGUGUGCUUCUCUAUGGGCAGUUUCUGGAACCAGGGAUAUCUCACCAUCACUCGACAUGAUAACCCAACACCACGAGACUGGUCGUUGUCUAGCAUUGAACAUGCAGCCACCCGGCCGCGGCAUACAUCUAACCCUCCCACGACUACAUCUGCAGACGACAAGGUCAAGGUCAAGGACAAGGGAAGAAGUAUCAACCAGAGCCAGGACAAGGGCAAAAGCAAGAGCAAGGGAAAACAAAAAGGCAAACGAAGCAACUUCGAGCGGACCGACAACGAGGGAAAAGAUAGCCGUCACGCCGUGAAGCUCGAGAAGAUCACAAUCCAAACCGCCGAAGACUUCUCCGAAAUCGUCAAAGCCUCCCGUCCAGCCAUCAUAACCGGCCUCGAUCUCGGCCCUUGCACCUCCCUCUGGACGCUCGACUACCUCAAAGACAAAAUCGGACCCGACCGCGAAGUCGUGAUCCACGAAACCACCUCAUCCCACAUGACCUUCCAGACCAAAAACUUCCAAUACACCAAAACCCCCUUCGGCACCUUCAUCGACUCCCUCACCACCACUCCCCCCUCAAAAACCUACCUCCGCUCCGCGUCCUCCACCUCCCCAACCAAGCUCCCCACCCUCCUAUCCACCGACUUCCCCACCAUCUCCCCCGACUUCACCCUCCCCUCCCUCCUGACUCCCACCAUCCCCCCCUCCCGAAUCCACUCCACCCCCCUCCGCAUCUCGGGCCCCGUCUCCCUCUGGCUCCACUACGACGUCCUCGCCAACAUCCUCUGCCAAAUCGUCGGCCCCAAAACCCUAACUCUGUACCCCCCCUCCGCGGUCCCACACCUCUCCUUCCCCCCCGGCGCCUCCUCCUCCACCCUCUCCACCCCCCCUUCCCCCGCCCUCACGAACCCACACAUCGCGAACCUCUCCCCAGGAGACGUCCUGUUCAUCCCGCCCAUGUGGUCCCACACCGCGACGCCCGGGUCCUCGCACUCCGUCGCCGUCAACGUAUUCUGGCGGAACCUCGACAAGGGGUACGCGGCAGGGCGGGACGUGUACGGGAACCGAGACUUGCAGGCUUACGAGACGGGGAGGAGAGAUGUCGAGAGGAUUGUUAGGGCGUUUAGGGAUGUUCCCGCGGAUGUGAAGCGGUUUUAUCUGGAGAGGUUGGCGGGGGAGUUGGUGGAUGCGGGGAGAAAGGGGGAGAGUGUUGGGAAAAGGGAUUAG